CCACGAAGUCCCCCCUCUUCUUCUCACCGUCGCGCCGUGAAGUGGAUGUUUUGGUGAAAAAAUACAGUGACGAAAAGGGACGUAAAUACAUUUAAAGCAUGACAUAUCGAACGUUUGGGACCUAAAGCAGCGUAGCGGGGGAAAGAGGGGCGUAUUCAGCAAAAGUUUCGGUUCAUCUUUACAUCGUAUUCCUCCGCAUGUCCGCUUUCUUCGUAGAUGGUCUCCGGCGAGCGUUGUCUGGCGGUGGACGUCGAGUUGUCGACGAAUAAUAUGAAGGAGAUGAUCGGCGGUUGCUGUGUUUGCUCUGACGAGAGAGGCUGGGCGGAAAAUCCGCUAGUGUACUGCGACGGACACGGCUGCAACGUCGCUGUGCAUCAAGCCUGUUAUGGCAUUGUGCAGGUGCCCACUGGUCCUUGGUUCUGCAGAAAGUGUGAAUCUCAAGAGAGAGCAGCUCGUGUGAGAUGUGAGCUGUGUCCCCAUAAAGAUGGAGCCCUCAAAAGGACAGACAACGGAGGCUGGGCUCAUGUAGUUUGUGCCCUUUACAUACCUGAAGUGGAAUUUGCCAAUGUGUCAACUAUGGAGCCUAUAGUACUCCAGUCUGUGCCACAUGAGCGCUACAACAAGACAUGUUAUAUCUGUGAGGACCAGGGCAGAGAGAGUAAAGCAGCAACUGGAGCAUGUAUGACCUGCAACAAACAUGGCUGCAGGCAGGCCUUCCACGUCACAUGUGCCCAGUUUGCAGGGUUAUUAUGUGAGGAACAAGGAUCGGACGCAGACAAUGUCAAAUACUGUGGAUAUUGCAAAUACCAUCACAGCAAAUUGAAACACAAGGAGCGGGACAGGCACAAACCGAAACACAAGAAGAUCUCCAUGGAUAUGUCGCCCUCCCUUGUUCUUCCUAACAUCAUGGUCCCAGAUAAGACCUACAACAGUAGCAGCGCAGGGGUAGGAGUCCCCUCUCUGCCGGCAUCUUCACAGAAGCGACUGGAUGACGGCACUGCCCGUUUCACCACUGCCAACUUUCAAGAAGUGGCGGCCGUUCUCUCGGGUGGCAGUUCCAAAGAUGGCUUGGCCGCAGACACAGGGAAGGCAGCGUCUGAGGUGAAGAACAAGAAAAAUAGCGGCACAAUUCAUGCGGUGGGACAGAGGGGGGGCCGCAAGUCUCUCACAUCCUCAGGGAAACCCCUCCCCUCCGCCGUGGUCACCAUGGCAACAUCCUCCACAUCUGCCUCUGCGUCCACUGGGCCUUUCCACCAAGGCCUCCUGUUGACCAGUGCCAGUAAGAUGCCCUCUGCCCCUUCCUCCUCAGACUUCUUAAGUUUCUCAGAUUCAGCGUUGCGUUCGGGGGGUGGGACUACCUUCUCCUCCCCGCCAUCUUUCAGCAGCUGCCUUGUGAAACCAAGCUCGGAGGGCGGAGCUUCAGAGGGAACUACGACACUCUUCGGCUCUCUGAUGUCCGCUACUACUGCUUCAGCAGUGGGCGGUAAGCUGUAUGAGAAUUCCCACAGUCACACGGCUAGCGAGACAACAAGCCUUGGUGGCUCCGCUGGCUAUAAACGGCCCCAACCCUCCAGCUCAGUGCCGGGGAUUGGAGGAGUAGUGGCAGGAGGAGGGGAAGAUGGGGUGAAGAAGAAAAAGAAGGGCAACUGGCGAAACAGAUUUGGACCUUGCUUCACCUCAGAUGUAAAGCCCUCCGAGCCAGCUCCCUCCCUGACUCUCCCCACCUCCUCCACGGCCAACACCUCCUCCUCCAACGCUUCCCCAGCCUCCUCUUCAUCCUCCACACUCACAGGCCGGCCGGGCUUAGUAUCCAGCAGUGGAUUAGGAGUGGGGGUGGGAGGAGGAGGAGAGAGGGGGCUGGGGGUCAUGGGUGUCAGCGGUGGGAUUCAGAAGUCCCCAUCUCUCCUCAGGAAUGGGAGUAUGCAGAGCAACAGCAGCUCCACAACCACUGGGUCAGGUGUUUUCUCUGGUGCUGAUGGGUCAUUGUCAGGGACAGGAGCUGUUGCCAUCGGCGGAGCCAGCUCCGAGUUGUCCCAGCAACCGCAACCAGCACCUUCACUAGCCCCUCCCUCUCCAUUCACUGCCACCGCACCGCUAACCAGCACAGCCGCCACACAUGUGAGCGGCCUGCCAGGGUCAGUCUUCAACCUCGCUCCCCCCCACAUGUUUGGAAACAGGCUUAAUCCCAACUCGGCCAUGGCAGCACUCAUCGCACAGUCCGAGGCUUCACCAGCAGAUCAGGAGGUGGGAGACGGCAGCAGCGGUGUCGGAGCUCAGGGCUUUUCCAUAAAAGCUUCUCCCAAGACCACCCCGCGCUCUCCCAUUGGUGGCCUGCAGAUACGCUAUGACUCCUCGGGGUCGUUGCCGGGGCCGGGGUUGCUAGGGGUGGGGGCGGGCGGCGGGGACACGCUGCCCCCGGUGGCCACCAGCAUCGAGCAGCUCCUGGAGAGGCAGUGGAACGAAGGGCAGAGCUUCCUGCUGCAGCAGGGAGCGCAGGGAGACGUGCUGGGCAUGUUGAAGUCCCUCCACCAGCUGCAGGAGGAGAACAGGAGGCUGGAGGAGCAGAUCAAAAAUCUGACCAUGAAGAAAGAGAGACUGCAGCUUCUCAGCGCUCAGCUAUCAGUGCCUUUCACCCCCACUACGGCCUGCGCUGAUGUGAAAGGAGGCCAGCUGGGAGCCACUGACUCAUCUUUACCUGUGGCAGCUCAGGACGGUGCAUCAUGUGGUGGCCACAGCAGUAGUGGCUCCACCUCAUCUCUCUCCACCCCUCCCUCCGUCUCCCAGAGCCCGCCCCAGCCACAGCUGAACGGGGUCGCUGCCGUGGGAACGGCCCCGGCCGGGCUGGGCGCGGUGGCGGGGCUGAUGGGGGCUCUGGGUGCAGGUAGUGCCCUGGGCAUGGGGGGAAUUGUCGGGGCGCUGAAUGGCGUGAUCCAGACGCCGGCGGGCACCGUCAGCCCUCACACACACACUACAGGAGCAGUCACCGGCGUCAUGUUGCCCGUUAAUAACAGCUCAGCAGCUAGUAAGAACAGCGCUGCGCGGCUCGGCCUGCUGUCUGAGCAGCAUCGACUGCUCCUGCAGCAGCAUCAGCUCCAGCAGCUGCUGGCCUCGCAGCCUUCAGCGGAGCAGCAGCAGGUGUUGCUCUACCAACUGAUGCAGCAGCAGCAAGAACUCCAGCAGCUGCAAUCGCUCUCCUCCGCCCAGAUUCCCUCCAUCCCGCUCUCCUCUGCUCAGCUGCCCAUCAACAACCUGCUGCCCGGCGCCCAUGGCCAAGGCACCAUCACAGCCAACCCCUUCCUGGCGCUGCAGCACGCCCAUGCUGAAACACACGCCUCAGGGGUGCAAAAGUCGCGGCUAGCUGAGAAGGCCAUGGGCGUCUCAGGGCAAGAGAAGACAUGACGGCCGAUGCUCUCUUUUUUUGUUUUCUUUUUUAUAUAAAUAUGCAGGGUCUUCAGGAGAUCAGCCUUUUGGUCGUUUUUGUGGUUCAGUGAUGAGAUCAUUGGCAGCAGAGAAAUCUGUGUUUCUGGUACAUCGUUCUUGUGUCUGUGCUAAUACAUUAGCACACACUAUGGCGAGUUAUGGCAUUUGUUUGCAGUCACCAGCUCACUGUAGUUGACCUUGUCAGGUUUGUUUUGCAACCUUUUCAGGUUACAGGCUUAACAAACCAGUUUGUCUUCAUUUGUACUAUUUAUGUCCAUCCAGUCUUAGAUGUUUUCCUUUAGAGCUUUAGUGCUGCUUUGGGUGGUUAUUUUUGUCACUGUUGAGAUGAUGAUUUUCAUUUGGUAUCACUGGUAGCAACUUAGUGGGUUAGUGCCACAAAAUAAAUACAUGGUGUGUUCUUUCAACAGGUGAGUUGACUUGACAGGUCAGCUUCUCGGAAACCUUUCCCAUCGAAUUUCUCUCAAUAUUUCCUUCUCUGAUCUUAUCACCCUGCUUCUUCUUCACAUUUCUUCUUUCUAGUUGCUGUGUCACGUUUAUUCAUCAUUUCCUCUUCCUUUUGUCUCCACAUUUCUCUCAAUGCUUCUCCGUCGUCCACACUAACAUCCCUCUCGGCCUGGUUUCUCUGCUGUCUCUCUCUCUCAGGGGCCUCGGCUAACUCAGCACACAAGCUAGCACACACACACACACACAGAGAUAGCAGAAACACAUGAAUAUAAAAAAUAAUCUACAAGUCCCCACCACAGGACUUAACAGUAGCAGAUGUACGUUUGACAUCUGUGUCGCAGCGAUCCAGAGGGGAAUAUUUGGUGAAAGGCUUGGGAAAAUAUCCCACGUUUUCGCCAUUGCCUUUCUCCCAGUGUCUUUCUACUCCAUUUGUGCAGAUCAUUCAUGUCAAUGAGCCACGCCUCGUACGAUCACCGCAGAAGCCUUGCUCUUGACUCUUCUCUGGGCCACAUACAGGGGGCUAACUCAGGGAAGUGAAAUGUAAAAGAAGAGGGGGAAAAAAAGAAGAAAACCAGCAAGUUGAAUGUUGAAAUGAUGCAUAAAUCCACACGGCACAGACUCACAAAGAGAAAUUAUGCAGUUGGUUGUCAGCGCGUGGAAAUCAUUACAUUUCAUCUUCCUGAUUGAGCCCCCUGCUGCACCUACCUCUCAAACAUGACCAGCCUAUCAGGACCUAAAUGGCCGACAGCAGCGGCCGAUAAAAAAAAAAAAAACACAAAAGUGAGAACUGGCCAAUCAGGGUCCAAACCCAAGUGCCUGAGGCCAAGGGGAGAAGGCGGGAUUGGUUUUCAUGUUACCUGUGCCCCUGUCACUCAACUCAAUUCUUAACAAUGCUACUGGUAAUUAAGCUGCGUUGCUAAG